CCUUUUUACGUCAGCACGUGUGCGGCAGUAGCGGCGGCAGGCUGCAAGCAGUAGUCAUCUUCGGGCGUCUGUCCAGUACGUGAGGAUCUGCAUGCUCGCUGCGUGCAGGAACAACCACCGGAGCGAGGAGGAGGAGGUGCGGGGGUACGCGUUGUUUUCCGCCCCGAAAAGACACCGUCUCCCGGAGAGCUGAGCGUCGAGCGAUGAGGGCGGCCGUGUGGCUCCAUGGCGGAGAAGUAGGAGGAGGUCAGGGUUUCAUUUUGGAGAUCUGACGCUGCGCGGUCUGAGCUAUAAACGUCUCGCGGACAUAAAGGAGAAGGUGCCCCUUUUUGUGCCCACGCACGCUCCACAGAAGUGGGGUGCUGACCCAAAGGAAGUAUGAUUUUCAAGAACAUUUACCCGAGAACUUGCAGAGCGUGGCUGUCUCUGGUUUCCCCGAGGCAGGAGCCGUGUUUCUACUCCACCGUGCCCCCCCAGCCGGUGCCCCCCCUGGCCCAGACCCUGCAGGGCUAUCUGAGGGCCCUGGAGCCCCUGCUGCCCCCGGAGGAGCUCAACCACACCCGCAGGAUGGUGCAGGAGUUCGGGAGGCCCGGAGGGCUGGGACCGCAGCUGCAGGAGGGGCUGGAGAGGAGAGCCAGGCACACCAAGAACUGGAUCACAGACUGGUGGGUGCAGUGGGCGUACCUGGAGAGCCGGCAGCCUCUGGCGGUGCACUCCAACCCAGCCAUCUCUCUGCCCCGCAGGGACUAUAACGACUGGAGGAGCCAGCUGCUGUUUGCAUCCAAAUUGAUAGCAGCUGUUCUGGACUUCAGAGCCAAAAUGCAAAAUGGGCAGCUGCCAGUCGAGUACAUGCGAGGGAAGCCUCUGUGUAUGGAGCUAUACCCGCUCCUCUUCUCCUCCUGCAGGAUUCCCGGACCAAAACACGACUAUGUCGCUCACUGCGGCAACUCCAGGCGCUCACCAACACACAUCACAGUGGUCAGGAACUACCAGUUCUUCCAGCUGGAGGUUUACAACAGCGACGGCUCACGGAUGACUGAAAGUCAGAUUCACAGUCAGCUGCACAGAAUCAGGUCUCAGUCCUGGAAGACCGACAAGGAGCCUAUGGGCAUCCUGACUAGCGAGCACCGCCACACGUGGGGGGAGGCGUACAACCGUCUGCUGAGAGACAAACUCAACCAAGAGUCGGUGCGGAUGAUAGAGACGGGACUUUUCUCCCUGUGCUUGGAUUCUCCUGUCAUGAGGAUAUCUGAUGAGAAGUACGCCAGCCGUAAAGCGGCUCAGAUUCUGCAUGGAGGCGGAACGUACUCCAACAGCGGGAACCGUUGGUUUGACAAAACACUGCAGUUUGUGGUAGGCGAGGACGGCUCAUGGGGCCUCCUGUACGAACAGGCCACAGCCGAGGGCCCGCCCAUAACAAACCUGCUGCACCAUAUACUGGAGUACUGUGAGAAACCCGACCCGAAGAGAGCUCCGCUCGUUCCUCUCCCGAUGCCCAAGAAGCUCUAUUUCCACAUAGACCGAGACAUCAAGAGGGACAUAGAGCAGGCCAAGCAGAACUUGGACAUACUAAUCAAUGACCUCGACGUGCACGUGUUCAACUUCAAAAGGUUUGGCAAAGAGCUUCCCAAGGAGCAUAGCAUGAGUCCAAACUCCUUCAUCCAGGUUGCUCUGCAGCUCUCCUACUACAGAGUUCACAACGAGGUGUGUCCUGCCUGCGACAUCGCCUCACAGAGGAUGUUUCGAGGUGGAAGGACCGAGUACAUCCGCUCGCCGACCAAUCAGGCGCUCAAGUUCAUCCUGGCCUUCGAUGAUCAGUCUGUAUCGAGAGAAGCAAAGCUGCAGCUCCUCAGAGAAGCAGUGGAUGCUUAUUCUGAGCUGACUGCGCAGGCUCUGAGAGGACAUGGUAUUGAUCGCCACCUGCUGGGGCUCAAGCUGCAGGCCAUCGAGGAAGGACUCAGCAUUCCCAAAAUCUUCAUGGACACAGCUUACGGCGUGGCGACGCACUGGAAGCUGCGGACAGGACAGGUGCCUGCGAACACAGACAGCGUGAUGUGUUUCGGGCCCCUCGUUCCGGACGGUUACGCCGUGUGUUACAACCCCCAGGCGGACCACGUCCACUUCUCCGUCACCGCCUUCAACUGCUGCGAGGAGACCAACGCAGAGACAAUGGCUCGCACCGUGAAGGAAACCUUGUGCGAUCUGCAGGAGCUGCUGCAGCCUACUGUGUAGAGCUGCUGCGCCAAACAUAACGAACCCUCCUUCAAUAAGGAAAACAAUGCUUUCUUAAUGUUUUCUAUGAGGCUUGUGCUCAUUUAUGCUUCCAUUUACACUUUUAUCAGAGCCUGAAGGCUGAACUCUGUGGCUCUGCAGUGCUUUUGAUACUAUUUUUUACUGUAAAUCUUUCUUUCAGUAUAAAAAUCGGUGUAAUUAAAAUCGGGCUUCAGUUGUGAAAGCAAAAAUAGCUACCUGACACUCCAGCAAUAACCAAAGCAUUAAAUCACUGCACUCCUCUUUUUAUGAGUCAGGAGCCGACCAGCAGCCUUCCUGGUACUUUCUGACACACAGUUUGCUCUGUCAGCAAAGUUAAUUGGACGAUUUGCUUUUUUGUAGGGUAAUGAGUGUUUAAAAUGGACCAAAGGAGGUUAAUAUAAAAGUGAACAGUGAUAGAAGUGAAGGUGAUUCUUUGCGUCGGGGUUCAAAAUGUACGAAGCCCGUUCUGCGAAGCAGGAUGUCCGUCUUAUCAGGGAAACCCAAGGUUCUGUUCAGGAUUUUUUUUUUUUAACCACCUGGGUAAAACCUGAUCAAUAGACGUGAAAGCUCUGACUUGGAACCAGUUAGUCACAGUUCCUGUUUUACACGUGUUUCAAGAAUGGCUCUGCCUGUAGGUAGGGGCGAGUUUAGGUGAGCAGCCAUUUUCAUGUAGCCGUUUUCUGAUUUUUUUCUAAAGAUUUUUGCCUUGCUUCAAAACCCAUUUUCUCUUGCCUUUCCCAUCUUAAAGAGUCGGUAAAUAGAUGGGCUUCUGUGUCGCUGCGUCUUAUUGACACACCACGGAAACCCAAAGUCAAGUAUGACUGAUUAAAGGUUCCUAGAAGAGCUGAUCAGCUAAAAACGUAAACGAGUAGAUGCAGAAAUUCUUCUCGUGUGUCUUAUAGGAAUUGUUGCCGUUUAAACCCGGGAUUUGAUUCACUAAGAUAACUAGCGUCACAAGGUCUUUAAGCGUGAUCUCCAUUGUUUGGAUUAGUCAAACGUAACCUGCGUUUGUUGAACCUGCUUUGUAGGUACCGGUCCCUUUAUCUUUCUGGUGUAUUUUGAAUGUUGAGGUUUGCCCACUCGGAUGGCUCUGUAAGUGUUUUGUUUAAACCUGCAGGACUCCUUAAUAAAAAAACAUAAAGGGUGUGAUCAUUUGA